ACUCCAGGCUGUCAUGGCGGCAGGACGGCGAACUUGCGGCAUCUCCACAACCCGCCCCUCUUCCGCCCUGACAGCCAGCACACAGGGACAGCCCUUUCAUUCUGCUUCCACCUGGGGGUGCAGGCAGAGCAGCAGCGGGGGUGGGCACUGCCCGGAGCUCAGAAGUCCUCCUCAGACAGGUGCCAGUGCCUCCGGAAUGUGGCGGCUCACAGGCCUUCUGCUGUUCGUGGCUACCUGGGGAAUUUCCAGCACACCAGCUCCUCUCGACUCAGUGUUCUCCAGCAGCGAGCGUGCCCACCAGGUGCUGCGGAUCCGCAAACGCGCCAACUCUUUCCUGGAGGAGCUCCGUCCCAGCAGCCUGGAGCGGGAGUGCGUAGAGGAGAUCUGUGACUUCGAGGAGGCCAAGGAAAUUUUCCAAAAUGUGGAUGACACAGCUGCUUUCCAAGAGGAUUCCUCCAAGCUCUUGAAGGACGGAGGAUGCUCACCCAUGCUGUUCGGCCCCUCGGAGCAGGGUGGGGCAGGGGAGCUGGCGCCUGCGCAGGCUGUGAACAUUUGCGUGACUCCCUGUGCUCCCCUGCUGACGGCGUCCCAUUGCCCCUUUAAGUCUAGAUAUCUGGACUUGGCAUUCAAGGCCCAUUUUGAGCAGAGUCGGGCCUACCUUUCAGCCUUCAGUUCUCCAUGGUGCAGGAGGAGGACCAAGACAGGAGGGCAAUCUCGGGAGGAGUGCCUCGCAGGCCCCUCACCGCCUCUGCCUGCCUCAGUGAAGUUCCCUUGCGGGAGGCCAUGGAGGCGGAUAGAGAAGAAGCGCAGUCACCUGAAACGACGAGACACAGAAGACCAAGAAGACCAAGUAGAUCCGCGGCUCAUUGAUGGGAAGAUGACCAGGCGGGGAGACAGCCCCUGGCAGGUGGUCCUGCUGGACUCAAAGAAGAAGCUGGCCUGCGGGGCAGUGCUCAUCCACCCGUCCUGGGUGCUGACAGCGGCCCACUGCAUGGAGGACUCCAAGAAGCUCCUUGUCAGGCUUGGAGAGUAUGACCUGCGGCGCUGGGAGAAGUGGGAGCUGGACCUGGACAUCGAGGAGGUCUUCAUCCACCCCAACUACACCAAGAGCACCACUGACAAUGACAUCGCGCUGCUGCGCCUGGCCCAGCCCGCCACCCUCUCGCAGACCAUCGUGCCCAUCUGUCUCCCGGACAGCGGCCUUGCAGAGCGUGAGCUCACUCAGGCCGGCCAGGAGACCCUCGUGACGGGCUGGGGCUACCACAGCAGCCGAGAGAAGGAGGCCAAGAGAAACCGCACCUUCAUCCUCAACUUCAUCAAGAUUCCCGUGGUCCCGCGCAAUGAGUGCAGCGAGGUCAUGAGCAACAUGGUGUCUGAGAACAUGCUGUGUGCGGGCAUCCUCGGGGACCGGCAGGACGCCUGCGAGGGCGACAGUGGGGGGCCCAUGGUCGCCUCCUUCCAUGGCACCUGGUUCCUGGUGGGCCUGGUGAGCUGGGGUGAGGGCUGUGGGCUCCUUCACAACUACGGCGUUUACACCAAAGUCAGCCGCUACCUGGACUGGAUCCACGGGCACAUCAGAGACAAGGAAGCCCUCGCCAAGAGCCGGGCACCAUAGCGACCCUCCCUGCGGGGUUGGGCUUUUGCAUGGCGAUGGAUGCGACAUUAAAGGGUCAUGUAACAAGCAUACCGCCUGCUGUUCUGUCUGUCCUUCCAUCCCUCUUCUGGGCACUUCUGGAGGGAAGUACCAGUUAUUGAGCACCUAUUAUAUGUCACAUGCCUUAUAAAUAGAAUCUUAACUCCCAGAGCAACUCUGUGGGGGGGGGGGGGGGAGCAGAUCCAAGUUUGGCAGGGUCUAAAGCUGUGUGUGUUGGGGGGGAUACUCUGUUUAUGAAAAAGAACAAAAAACACAACCACAAAGCCA